GGCCCCGGGGGGCCCUUCCCUUGCUGCCUCCUCUUCCUCCGCCUGGCUUUGCCCUCCUCCUCCUCCGGUGAUCCCUCGGCCGCCCCGGUGCCCUCCUUCCCUUGGAGACUCCGGCUGGACAGCUGAGGAUUUCUGCUCCUCCACCUCCUCCCCAUCAAGAGAAGAGGAAACCUCCUGGAUUUCUGCCCCUCCACUCAGCCCUGUCCCUCUCUGCUGCCUGCCUUGGCCGGCUCUCCCUCUCCCUCUCCCUCAUCUCUCUCUAUGUGUGUGGAAUAACUGCAGACAUGAUGAUGGGGAUGACUGCGCGGAGGCAAGCGCAAGCUCCUCGCUUGCUGCUGGGGAUGAGGAUGCUGCUGCUGGUGGUGGUGGUCCUGGUGGUCUUCUUCGGAGGGGGGCUCUUGGCUGAGGCUCAGGGUCAGAACUGUGGAGGCUUAGUGCAGGGUCCAAAUGGUACAAUAGAAAGCCCGGGAUUUCCUCAUGGCUAUCCAAAUUAUGCCAAUUGCACAUGGAUCAUUAUCACAGGAGAGCGUAACAGGAUACAAUUAUCAUUUCAUACUUUUGCCCUUGAAGAAGAUUUUGAUAUUCUGUCUGUUUAUGAUGGACAGCCUCAACAAGGAAACCUAAAAGUGAGGCUUUCUGGAUUUCAGCUGCCAUCAUCUAUAGUGAGCACAGGUUCUAUACUCACUCUCUGCUUCACUACUGACUUUGCUGUGAGUGCCCAGGGAUUCAAGGCUAUAUACGAAGUGUUACCCAGCCAUACUUGUGGCAAUCCUGGGGAAAUACCUAAAGGAGUUCUUCAUGGCACAAGAUUCAGUAUUGGAGACAAGAUCCGCUACAGCUGUAUCUCAGGCUACAUUCUGGAAGGGCAUGCUAUGCUGACAUGUAUCAUGAGCCCUGGAAAUGGAGCAUCAUGGGAUUUCCCCGUACCAUUUUGCAGAGCUGAAGGUGCUUGUGGAGGAACUCUCCGUGGGACAAGUGGAAUUAUUUCAAGUCCCCAUUUUCCUUCAGAAUAUGAUAACAAUGCUGAUUGCACAUGGACCAUUCUAGCCGAACCAGGAGAUACUAUAGCUCUGGUUUUUACAGAUUUCCAACUUGAGGAAGGCUAUGAUUUCCUAGAGAUCAGUGGGACAGAAGUGCCAUCAAUAUGGUUGACUGGCAUGAAUCUGCCCUCUCCUGUCAUCAGCAGCAAAAAUUGGUUAAGGCUCCAUUUCACUUCUGACAGUAAUCACAGACGGAAAGGAUUUAAUGCCCAGUUCCAAGUGAAAAAAGCAAUUGAGUUGAAGUCAAGAGGAGUCAAGAUGCUGCCUAAUAAAGAUAGCAACCACAAGAAUUCUGUCUUGAGUCAAGGUGGGGAUGCCGUUGCAUCAGACACAUGCCCUGAUCCAGGAAUUCCUGAAAAUGGGAAAAGGACAGGCUUGGAUUUCAGAGUUGGUGCUAAUGUCCAGUUCAGCUGUGAUGAUAAUUAUGUGCUUCAAGGUACAAAAAGCAUCACUUGUCAAAAGGUGACAGAUACCCUUGCUGCCUGGAGUGACCAUCGGCCAAUAUGUCGUGCAAGAACGUGUGGCUCUAACCUCCGUGGGCCAAGUGGGAUUAUCACAUCACCCAAUUAUCCUGUUCAGUAUGAAGACAAUGCACAUUGUGUGUGGGUUAUAACAACACUUGAUCCAGAAAAGGUCAUAAAGCUUGCCUUUGAAGAAUUUGAACUAGAAAGAGGAUAUGACACCCUUACUGUAGGGGAUGCUGGAAAAGUGGGAGAUACCAGAACAGUGCUGUAUGUGCUGACUGGGUCAAGUGUUCCUGACCUUAUUGUAAGCAUGAGCAACCAGAUGUGGCUACAUUUGCAAUCUGAUGAUAGCAUCGGCUCACCUGGAUUCAAAGCUGUUUAUCAAGAAAUAGAGAAAGGUGGUUGUGGUGAUCCUGGAAUUCCAUCCUAUGGGAAGAGGACUGGCAAUAGUUUUCAGCAUGGAGAUACCCUUACUUUUGAAUGCCAAGCAGCAUUUGAACUUGUGGGAGAGAGAAUGAUCACAUGCCAACAGAAUAACCAGUGGUCUGGCAAUAAACCUAGUUGUGUUUUCUCAUGUUUCUUCAACUUCACAACACCCUCAGGAAUUAUUCUUUCACCAAACUAUCCCGAGGAAUAUGGAAACAACAUGAAUUGUGUGUGGCUCAUUAUUUCAGAACCAGGGAGCAGAAUACAUCUUAUUUUCAAUGACUUUGACAUAGAGCCUCAGUUUGAUUAUCUGACAGUGAAGGAUGAUGGGAUUUCUGACUUACCAGCUCUUGGGACAUUUUCUGGCAAUGAUGUGCCUUCCCAGCUUGCUAGCAAUGGGCAUAUAGUACGCCUGGAAUUUCAGUCAGAUCAUUCUACUACUGGAAGAGGCUUUAACAUAACCUAUACUACAUUCGGUCAGAAUGAGUGUCAUGAUCCAGGAAUUCCCAUCAAUGGAAGACGCUUUGGAGACAGGUUCCUACUAGGAAGCUCUGUUUCAUUUCAUUGUGAUGAUGGCUUUGUGAAAACCCAGGGCUCAGAGACCAUAACUUGCAUUAUGCAGGACGGAAAUGUUGUAUGGAGUUCAACUGUUCCACGCUGUGAAGCCCCAUGUGGUGGCCACCUGACAGCAUCAAGUGGAGUUAUUUUGCCACCAGGAUGGCCAGGAUAUUACAAAGAUUCGCUAAACUGUGAAUGGGUAAUUGAAGCAAGGCAAGGACACUCUAUUAAGAUCACCUUUGAUAAAUUCCAAACAGAAGUAAAUUAUGAUACUUUAGAAGUGAGAGAUGGAUCAAGUAGCUCAUCCCCCUUAAUUGGGGAAUACCAUGGUACCCAGGCACCACAGUUCCUUAUUAGCACAGGGAAUUUCAUGUACUUGUUGUUUACUACAGAUAACAGUCGCUCCAGUGUUGGUUUCUUAAUCCACUACGAGAGUGUUACACUGGAGUCAGACUCCUGUCUUGACCCAGGAAUCCCGGUGAAUGGCCAUCGGCAUGGCAACAAUUUUGGCAUCCGAUCUACAGUAACGUUUAGCUGUGACCCAGGUUACACUCUGAGUGAUGACGAGCCACUAGUGUGUGAAAGAAACCACCAGUGGAACCAUGCACUACCUAGCUGUGAUGCUCUCUGUGGUGGUUAUAUCCAUGGGAGAAGUGGAACUGUCCUGUCACCAGGUUUUCCAGAUUUUUAUCCAAAUUCCUUAAACUGCACGUGGACCAUUGAGGUUUCUCAUGGCAAGGGUGUACAACUGAUUUUCCACACUUUUCACUUGGAGAGCUCCCAUGAUUAUUUGCUCAUCUCUGAAGAUGGAAGCUUCACCGAACCUGUGGCCAGAUUAACUGGAUCUGUUUUGCCCCCUACCAUUAAAGCUGGACUUUUUGGAAACUUCACUGCACAACUUCGGUUCAUUUCUGACUUUUCCAUUUCCUAUGAAGGUUUUAACAUAACAUUUUCAGAGUAUGACCUGGAGCCCUGUGAUGAUCCUGGUGUCCCAGCCUUCAGCAGAAGAAUAGGAUUUCAUUUUGGUGUUGGAGAUUCCUUGACAUUUUCUUGCUUCCCUGGAUAUCGUUUAGAAGGUGCAAACAAGCUUACCUGCCUGGGUGGUGGCCGGCGUGUAUGGAGUGCACCUCUGCCAAGGUGUGUGGCUGAAUGUGGAGCAAGUGUGUCUGGAAAUGAAGGAACACUGCUGUCACCAAAUUUUCCAUCUAAUUAUGACAACAACCAUGAAUGCAUCUAUAAAAUUGAAACUGAACCUGGGAAAGGCAUUCACCUGCGAGCCAGAACAUUUCAGCUUCAUGAAGGAGAUACUGUUAAGGUAUAUGAUGGAAAAGACAGUUCAUCACGUCUCUUGGGGACAUUUUCAAAAAAUGAAUUGGUCGGGCUCAUUCUCAACAGUACAUCUAACCACUUAUGGAUAGAAUUUAAUACGAAUGGAUCAGAUACGGACCAAGGAUUUCAGCUCACAUAUACAAGUUUUGAUUUAGUGAAAUGUGAGGAUCCUGGAACACCAAAUUAUGGCUACAAGAUCCGUGAUGAAGGACAUUACACAGACACUGUUAUUUUAUACAGUUGCAAUCCAGGCUACAUGAUGCAUGGUAGUAAUAUUAUUACUUGCCUAAGUGGAGAUCGAAGAGUUUGGGAUAAACCUUUGCCUACUUGUAUAGCUGAGUGUGGUGGACGAAUACAUGCGGCUACUUCAGGUCGCAUUUUGUCUCCUGGCUACCCAGCUCCAUAUGACAAUAACCUCCAUUGUACUUGGAUUAUAGAAGCAGACCCAGGGAGAACAAUUAGUCUGCAUUUUAUUGUUUUUGACACUGAGGUGGCUCAUGACAUCCUAAAAGUAUGGGACGGCCCUGUCGAAAGCAGUAUUCUACUAAAAGAGUGGAGUGGCUCAGCUCUUCCUGAGGACAUUUAUAGCACAUUCAACUCCCUGACCUUACAAUUUGACAGUGAUUUCUUCAUCAGCAAAUCAGGCUUUUCCAUCCAGUUCUCAACAUCCGUUGCAUCAACUUGCAAUGAUCCUGGGACCCCACAAAACGGCAGCAGAUAUGGAGACAGCAGAGAGCCUGGAGACACAAUCACCUUCCAGUGUGACCCAGGAUAUCAGCUCCAAGGGCAAGAUAAAAUUACUUGCGUUCAGCUGAAUAAUCGCUUCUUUUGGCAGCCUGAUGCACCCACAUGUAUAGCUGCAUGUGGUGGAAACCUUUCAGGCCCAGCAGGUGUUAUUUUGUCACCAAACUACCCACAGCCUUAUCCUCCUGGGAAGGAAUGUGACUGGAGAAUAAAAGUAAACCCUGAUUUUGUCAUUGCCUUGAUAUUCAAAAGUUUCAACAUGGAACCCAGUUAUGAUUUUUUGCAUAUUUAUGAAGGAGAAGAUUCCAACAGCCCUCUAAUUGGCAGUUUUCAAGGCUCCCAGGCACCUGAAAGAAUAGAGAGUAGUGGCAAUAGCCUUUUUCUGGCAUUUCGUAGUGAUGCUUCCGUUGGCAUGUCAGGAUUUGCCAUUGAAUAUAAAGAAAAACCACGAGAAGCAUGUUUUGACCCUGGCAACAUAAUGAAUGGAACAAGAAUUGGAGCAGACUUUAAACUUGGAUCAAGUAUCACUUAUCAGUGUGAUUCUGGAUACAAAAUUAUUGACCCUUCCACUAUCACUUGUGUGAUCGGUGUUGAUGGAAAACCUGCAUGGAACAGAGUUUUACCAUCUUGUAAUGCUCCCUGUGGGGGCCAGUAUACUGGAUCAGAAGGAGUGGUUUUAUCACCAAAUUAUCCUCAAAACUACACUGUUGGUCAGACGUGUCAGUACUCAAUUACUGUUCCUAAGGAAUUUGUUGUAUUUGGACAAUUUGCCUAUUUCCAAACAGCUUUAAAUGAUGUUGUAGAGCUAUUUGACGGGGAGCAUCCACAGGCUAGACUUCUGAGUUCACUUUCUGGAUCUCACUCAGGAGAGACCCUGCCUUUAGCCACAUCAAAUCAGAUCCUUUUGAGGUUUAGUGCCAAGAGUGGAGCAUCUGCCAGAGGCUUCCAUUUUGUCUAUCAAGCGGUUCCACGAACUAGUGAUACACAAUGCAGUUCUGUUCCAGAGCCCAGAUAUGGUAGGAGGAUUGGAUCUGAAUUUUCAGCAGGUUCUGUAGUUCGCUUUGAAUGUAGUCCCGGCUAUCUUCUGCAAGGCUCCAAAGCUAUCCGCUGUCAGUCUGUGCCAAACGCAUUAGCCCAGUGGAACGACACAGUGCCAAGCUGUGUGGUGCCAUGCAGUCGGAAUUUCACUGAACGGAGGGGUACUAUAUUGUCUCCAGGUUAUCCUGAACCUUAUGGUAACAGCUUGAAUUGUGUAUGGAAAAUCAUAGUAACUGAGGGAUCAGGUAUUCAGAUCCAGGUCAUAAGCUUUGCCACUGAACAUAACUGGGAUUCUCUUGAAAUCUAUGAUGGUGGUGACAUGACAGCACCAAGGCUUGGAAGCUUUUCAGGUACCACAGUACCAGCUCUGCUGAACAGCACGUCCAAUCAACUUUAUUUGCAUUUUCAUUCUGAUAUUAGUGUGGCAGCGGCAGGUUUUCACCUGGAAUACAAAACUGUAGGCCUUGCUGCCUGCCCAGAACCAGUAAUCCCUAGCAAUGGAUUCAAAAUGGGCGAUAGAUAUAUGGUGAAUGAUGUUUUGUCAUUUCAGUGUGAGCCAGGAUACACAUUGCAGGGACGUUCUCAUAUUUCUUGUAUGCCAGGAACAGUUCGUCGUUGGAAUUAUCCUUCUCCUCUUUGUAUUGCUAAAUGUGGUGGUACACUGACAAAUAUGGCUGGGGUUAUCCUAAGCCCAGGCUUUCCAGGGAACUAUCCUAGUAACCUAGGCUGCACAUGGAAGAUAUUAUUGCCUGUUGGAUAUGGGGCACAUCUACAAUUUCUGAACUUUUCGACUGAAGCUAACCAUGACUUCCUUGAAAUUCAGAAUGGCCCUUAUCAUACAAGCUCAAUGAUUGGCCAGUUCAGUGGAACAGACCUGCCACCUCCUUUAUUAAGCACAACACAUGAAACUCUCAUCCAUUUCUACAGUGAUCAUUCAGAAAAUAGACAAGGAUUUAAACUUUCAUAUCAAGCUUAUGAAUUACAGAAUUGCCCAGAUCCUCCCCCAUUUUUCAAUGGAUAUAUAAUCAAUUCUGAUUACAGUGUGGGCCAGUCAAUAUCUUUUGAGUGCUACCCUGGAUAUGUAUUAAUUGGUCAUUCUGUUCUCACUUGCCACCAUGGGAUCAACAGGAACUGGAACUAUCAAUUUCCAAAAUGUGAAGCUCCUUGUGGUUAUAAUGUAACAUCUCAGAAUGGUACAGUGUACUCCCCAGGAUUUCCAGAUGAAUAUCCAAAUUCAAAAGAUUGUACAUGGCUAAUUACUGUACCCCAGGGCCAUGGUAUCUAUAUCAAUUUCACGUUGCUCCAAACAGAACUGGUGAAUGACUACAUUGCAGUUUGGGAUGGCCCGGACCAAAAUUCACCUCAACUGGGAGUGUUCAGUGGGAAUACAGCUCUUGAGACAGCUUAUAGCUCAAGCAAUCAAGUCCUUCUGAAGUUUCACAGUGAUUUCUCCACUGGAGGGUUCUUUGUUCUCAAUUUUCAUGCAUAUCAGCUUAAGAAGUGCCAGCCUCCCCCAGCAGUUCCACAAGCUGACCUCCUUACAGAAGAUGAUGAUUUUGAAAUAGGGGACUUUGCCAAGUACAAGUGUCAUCCUGGCUAUACCCUGGUUGGAAAUGACAUGAUGUUCUGUAAGCUAAAAGCACAGCUCCAGUUUGAGGGUUCCCCUCCAUUUUGCGAAGCACAAUGCCCUGCAAAUGAAGUCCGUACAGAUUCAUCUGGAGUAAUUCUCAGUCCAGGUUAUCCAGGAAACUAUCCCAAUUCACAAACUUGUUCCUGGACUCUUAAAGUUGAACCAAAUUACAACAUCUCUGUUUUCGUAGAAACAUUCCAAAGUGAAAAACAGUUUGAUGAGCUGGAAAUAUUUGAUGGUUCUUCUGGACAAAGUCCUCUUUUGGUUGCUUUGAGUGGAAAUCACACUGGACCACUAAACUACACUAGCAAAUCGAAUCAGUUGUAUCUUCGUUGGUCAACUGACCAUGCAACUAGUAAGAAAGGUUUCAAGAUACGUUAUUCAGCUCCUUACUGCAGCUUAAAUCAUGUUGUGAAAAAUGGUGGAAUUAUAAAUAAAACCAGGGGCACAGCUGGCAGUUCUGUCCACUACUAUUGUAAGCCUGGAUAUAGAAUAAUUGGUCAUAGCAAUGCAACCUGUAGACGUCACCCAAAUGGCAUGUAUCACUGGGAUUCCCCUACUCCACUCUGCCAAGCUGUGUCCUGUGGUAUUCCAGUAUCUCCUGGAAAUGGUUCAGUCUGGGGUAAUGAGUUUAUUUUGGGCAGCAAAGUGAUAUAUGAAUGUAAUGAGGGCUUCAAGCUAGAAUCUAGUCAACAAGCAACAGCAGUGUGUCAAGAAGAUGGAUUGUGGAGCAAUAAAGGAAAGCCACCUGUCUGUAAACCUGUGACUUGCCCCAGCAUUGAGAGUAUGCUCUCAGAACAUGUCAUCUGGAGACUGAUUUUUGGGUCAGUGAAUGAGUUUGGAGCACAAGUCAUGCUGAGCUGCAGCCCUGGCUAUUAUUUAGAGGGUCAGAGGCUCAUGCUGUGUAAAACUAAUGGAACAUGGAGUGAUGCUGAUGACAGACCAAAGUGUAAGGUUAUCUCCUGUGGAAGUCUUCCAUCUCCACCAAAUGGAAAUAAGAUUGGCACCUUGACAGUCUAUGGAGCUACAGCAAUCUUCACCUGUAACACUGGGUAUACACUAGUUGGGUCUCACGUACGCGAAUGCUUAGCAAAUGGAAUUUGGAGUGGAACUGAAACACAGUGUCUUGCUGGACAUUGUGGUUCGCCAGAUCCAAUUGUAAAUGGCCACAUUAGUGGAGAUGGUUUCAGCUAUCGUGACACUGUGGUGUAUCAGUGUAAUCCAGGGUUUCGACUUGUUGGGACGUCAGUUCGGAUAUGCUUGCAAGACCACAAGUGGUCUGGGCAAACACCAGUUUGUGUCUCAAUCACAUGUGGUCAUCCUGGAAACCCUGCUCAUGGAAUGACCAAUGGCAGUGAGUUCAACUUGAAUGACGUUGUCAACUUCACCUGCAAUACUGGCUAUUUACUACAGGGUGCCUCCCAAGCUCAAUGCCGGAGCAAUGGACAGUGGAGCAGUUCCUUACCUACAUGUCGAGUGGUGAACUGUUCAGAUCCAGGCUUUGUGGAAAAUGCCGUUCGUCAUGGACAGCAGAAUUUCCCCGAAUCUUUCAAGUAUGGAAUCACCGUGGUGUACCACUGCAAAAAAGGGUUUUAUCUUCUAGGAUCUUCUGCUCUGACCUGUAAAGCUAAUGGUCUGUGGGAUAGAUCGUUGCCCAAAUGUUUGCCAAUAUCUUGUGGGCACCCUGGAGUUCCAACCAAUGCAAUUCUAUCAGGAGAGAAAUUUACAUAUGGAUCCACAGUUCACUACUCUUGUGAAGGAAGCCGAACUCUCAUAGGAAACUCUAGUAGAGUAUGCCAAGAAAACAGCCGCUGGAGUGGAACUCUUCCUCACUGUUCAGGGAAUACCCCAGGGUACUGUGAUGAUCCUGGAGUGCCAUCUCAUGGCUCUAGACUUGGGGAUGAGUUCAAGAUAAAAUCCCUACUACGUUUUUCCUGUGAAAUGGGUUACCAGUUAAGAGGUUCCUCUGAACGAACAUGUCUCCUUAAUGGAUCUUGGUCAGGUUUUCAGCCAGUAUGUGAAGCUGUGUCUUGUGGAAAUCCUGGAACACCAGCCAAUGGCAAGAUAAUCUACAGUGAUGGGAUUUCAUUCUCCAGCUCAGUCAUCUAUGCCUGUUGGGAAGGUUAUAAGACUUCAGGCCUAACUACUAGGCACUGUACAGCCAAUGGGACAUGGACUGGCACAGCUCCGGACUGCACAGUGAUCAGUUGUGGAGACCCUGGUGAAUUAUCAAAUGGCAUUCAUUUUGGAAAUGAUUUCACGUUUAAUAAGACAGUCACCUACCAAUGCAAUCCAGGGUAUCUAAUGGAACCCACUGGCCCAACCACAAUACGCUGUACCAAAGAUGGCACCUGGAACCAGAGUAAACCCAUCUGCAAAGCUAUCACAUGUGGCCCACCUCCUCAAGUGCUGUAUGGAAAGGUAGAAGGAUCAGAUUUUCAUUGGGGAUCAAGUAUAAGUUAUAGUUGUGCUGAUGGGUAUCACCUUUCCAAUUCUGCUAUCCUUUCAUGUGAAGGACGAGGAGUAUGGAGAGGAGAGGUUCCACAGUGUCUGUCUGUCUUUUGUGGAGAGCCUGGUAUCCCAGCUGAAGGACGACUCAAUGGGAAAAGUUUCACGUAUAGAUCUGAAGUAUCAUUUCAGUGCAGACCACCUUUGAUACUGAUAGGUUCUUCAAGGAGAAUAUGCCAGGCAGAUGGAAGCUGGAGUGGAAUUCAGCCAGCAUGUAUUGAUCCUGCUCAUAAUAGUUGUCCAGACCCUGGUACUCCACAUUAUGGAAUACAAAACAGUUCAAGAGGAUAUGAGGUGGGGAGCAGAGUCUUUUUCAGAUGUCGAAAGGGUUAUCAUAUACAGGGUUCUACUACACGCACUUGCCUUGCAAAUUUAACAUGGAGUGGCAUACAGCCUGAAUGCAUUCCUCACGCUUGCAGACAGCCCGAGACUCCAGCAAAUGUGGAUGUAAAAGCAAUAGAUCUACCUACCUUAGGCUACACUUUGGUAUAUACAUGUCAGCCAGGAUUUUUUCUUGCUGGUGGGUCAGAACACCGGACAUGUAAGCCUGAUAUGAAGUGGACAGGCAAAUCACCUGUUUGUAAAAGUAAAGGAGUGAGAGAAGUUAAUGAAACAAUAACUAAAACUCCAGUUCCUUCCGAUGUAUUUUUUAUAAAUUCAUUGUGGAAAGGCUUUUAUGAGCACCUAGGGAAAAGACAACCUGCAACGCUAACGGUCGACUGGUUCAAUGCUACGAGCAGUAAGGUGAAUGCUACGUUCAUUGAAGCAUCCAGUACACAACUUAAACUAUCAGGUGUUUACAAGAAAGAAGAAGCCCAUUUGCUUUUGAAAGUUUAUCAAGUCAAAAAUCCUAGAGAGGGAUUUACAAACAAGCUUGAAAAUGACAAGUGGGCAUUAGAUGGUUAUGUGUCAUCAGGGCUUGAAAGAGGUAUCUUCACUUAUCAAGGUGAUGUACAUGGAAAAGAUUUUGGAAAAUUUAUGCUCCAAAGACAAAGUCCUUUAAGUGUGGAUACUGAUCAUCCCAAUCACUACUAUGGUACAAACAGCAGUUCUGUUGCAGCUGCAAUCCUGGUACCCUUCUUUGCUCUAAUAUUAUCAGGGUUUGCAUUUUACCUCUACAAACACAGAACAAGACCAAAAGUACAGUACAAUGGUUAUGCUGGACAUGAAAACAGCAAUGGACAGGCAUCUUUUGAAAAUCCAAUGUAUGAUACAAACUUAAAACCCACAGAGGCAAAAGCUGUGAGGUUUGAUACAACUCUAAACACAGUGUGUACAGUCGUAUAGCCUUCAGUGCCCAAUUUGACUGAUUCAUAGCCAUACCUCUGAUGGACAAGCAGUAAUUCCUUUGGUGCCAUAUACCAGUUUCCCUUCUUCUCUGUGGCUUCACUGCAGUAAUCGUUAACAUCUAUCAGCAUAGAUGCAGCGAAGCUUCCUGGUGAAAUCUUCAGUCUUCUGGGGAAUCAAGACCAAGAUAAUUUCUUCAUCUCAAGGGUUGAUAUGAAAUACCUGGCUGCAUUUGCUCCAAAUCAAGGCACACGUUGAAGGAAGACUGCCAAGUCAUACCCAUCUGUCAUAUUUAAAUGCCUCAGACUUUCACAUUUGUAUGUGGCUGGAUGCCUUGCAAUGCAAUCUUCUGGGCACUCGGAUCACUCCUUUGGGAACUGUGACAAACAAUAGCACCAUAAAUUAUCCCCAGGAAUAAGAACAUUCAGAAGGAGAUUUAAACAAAAACAAAAAGGGAAAGAAAGGAAAGGAAAGAAGAAAAGACACCUCCUUGAAGGAGAAGACAACCUUCCUUGGGAGCUGCACACAUCUACAAAAUGCUUUACCUUUGAAAACCUGUUAAUGGUUAGAACAACCCUAGGUCUUCAUGCAUAAAGCAGUCUACAAACUUCCCAGUCAGCUGUUGUAUUGCAAAAUGUUAAUGCACAAUUUUUUGCACUAGUGUGGUAUGAAUGACUGAGUUAAGAUACUGGUUUUAAAAACAAAAACAAAACAAAUAUACAGGGUUUAUACACACUAUCCAUUGUAUAUAAGCAUUUACUCAUUUUUUAAAAAAAACAUUCCAUGAUAUUUUUUUCUUUGAGCAUGUGUAAUACAACAACCCCUUCAUUUAGAUCCAGUAGGGUAAUUUGUGAUCAUGAACAAAUUAAAUUUUGGUUUAUUUUCUCUGUCAGCACCAGUAUGAACCAACCAGAUGAUGGUUGGAAGAUCCCAGGUUUACAAAUCGUUGUUCCCCGUAUUGCUUCUUGCUCUUUUGCACUCCCUCUGACAUCAUUCAUUAUUGUCAGCAUCAUACUCUUUAACAGCAGGGGGGUUAAGCAGCUACUGCUGCUUGCCAUGUACAAAAUGUGAAUAGUAAUUUAUUUUAGAUAGUUCAUAAAGCCUGUGGGCCUUGUGCUCAUAAUCCAGUCUUCCCUUUUGCAUUUGUUUUCCAUCUUUUUCUCCCAGUGAAGUUAUAUUGAUUUCUGAUGCUACACUGAACUUAGAAAUGCAUUGCAGUAGCACACGUAAACUCCAACCAAUUCAACACGGCAACUUACCACAGCAACCAUUACACUUUCCUAUGACUUGGAAAAUGUCUCUCUCUCUUUGUGUGUGAAUGUCUUUGCUACAUUUUUAAACCAAUACUGCUUAAUGCUUUUGUAAUCAUACAGCUUGACAGAGCAAGUUUGAGAUUCAGAGGUACUCUGUAGAAUAAAAUAGUGAGGGUAGUCCCUUUCUUUGCAGAACAAAAGUGAGACAUAACAAAAUUAACUGAUAGCUUAUCUAUUCACACAAGCCUUUGAAAAUGUGCCACUAAUUCAUGGGUGGUCAACCUUCAGCAUGGAUGCAACAUGUGGCAUAGACAGGAGGUAUGCUUGGCACUGCUGGACAGGGAUAUGAACCAAUAGUUGUGGGCAAUAGAAUGGAGUAGUUAGGCCCCAUCUGCUACCUAUUUCUCUAGCAAGAGUGAAAAAAAGCAUAGAAGAUUGAUUAGAUACCAGAGUGGGACUAUCUCUAGCACUGUACACUAGUAUGACGCCAGCGCUUGGCCUGAACAUCACUUAUUACAUGCCUUGCUCCAAAGAUUGGUCACAACAGUGCUAGUUUAAUUUGAUCAAGUAUGCUGAGUGUCAAGAACUGCAUUCAACUUAUUCUGCAGUACUGUAGGCAGUUAUGAAAUAAUACACAGAUAUCCUAUCAAUAUGACUGGGACAUUAUCAUGCACACUUGCACAUUGAAUUGCCACAGGGUUUAUAUUAUUAUAGCACGAGUCAACCUUGCACUGGAAAUACUCUGUUGGCUUCAGGGGACUGUAACAGUGGAGAUUAUCACACAGAGAAAAAGACUUCCUUUUCCCAUCCUUAUUGUGUGAUUGUGCAAAGAUUAUCAGAUGAUGUUAAUCUUAUCUGGUCAUUAUCCCAUCAGUGGAGUGGAAUUGUCCAUAUUCAUGUGAAAGGCUAUCAUAUGACGUCAUGCUUAUCCCAUCAUUAUCCCGUCAGUGAAGUGGAAUUGUCCUGUCAUUUUUCAUUAACAGAAGUUUUCAUUAUUGAAAAAUGACAGAUCAAUUCUAUUUCAUUGAUGGGAUAAUGACCGGAUAAGUGCAACGUUUGUGAUACUCUUUCACACGAUCGUGUGAUAGGAUGGGAGCAGUCCAUUUUGCUCCUGUCCUUUGUCUCCCCCACAAUCUGAUAAUCUCCAUUGUGUGUCCCUUCUUAUUUGGCCCCUAGCAUUAAAGAUAAAAAAUGAUUUCUUUCUUUCUUAUGGGAUUUCUGACAAACAAAACUGUUUUCUCCAGGUUCCAAACAAGAGGCUCCACAAUUGCCUGGCAGCCCAUAGAUAAUCAGAAUCUACUUUUGAAAUGAAAGGGCCUUUUAAAAGCAGAUUUUGGUAUAGCAGGGGCAAUUUCAUUGUCUUGUUCAAGGGAAGAUAAACACCUUUGGAUGUUCCCAGGUCCUUGUUCUUUGGAUCUUGGUCAUGUUUUUCUCUCCAAUAGACCCAAUCCGCAAAGUAUUAUUUUAGUCCCUGCUGUGGCAGAAUGUAGUGAGUAAAUUAAUUACCAAAAAUAAGCAUUAGCAGGAAAAAAAAUCAUGGUUCAGUCAAUAUUAAAUAACAAGAAAAAGUUUGCAGGGCAAUCUUUUAUCAAAGCAGAAAAACUUAUAUAGUUUUUGAUGGAAGAUACCAGCAAUACAAAUAUAUUUAGUUCUUCACAUGAAUGAAAAACAAGUUUAAUAUUAUAAACCUAUGAGAUGUCUGGACAUUUUGGGUUUUUUCAGAUUUUUUUUUUAAUUCCUUACAUGUUUACAAUUUUAUAAGCUAUCCAAUGGAUUUUUGCAUUCAUUAGAAGGACAACAGACUAAAUAUAGACUAAAAAUAUCUACAUUUCCUGAUAAAUUGCUUCUUAGUUAGCUUGCACUGUAGUCUACCGCAGAAAGAAAAACUUUACAUUGCUGCCUUUAUUUAAGAUAGCAAUGGUGGCAGAAAUAACCAAAGUUAUUUAGAACACAACAAAAGUAUGAGGAAGGAUGGUCUUCCUAAAUGCUUACCCUGUUUGGGUUAAGAAGAAUAAGAGAGAAAGUUUUAAAAUGUUGUGGUGUUAUCAACAUGUGUCCUUGUCCAGAGAUCCUUGUACACCCGUAUGUGCAAAUGGGUCCCCCUUGUCUAUGAGAGGGCCUUGUUCAUUCCGGUAGACAGAGCUGCAUAUGAGAAGAGCCCUAUGCUUGGAUUAGCUCUGUCCAUUGGAAUGACUUUGAGGAGUGUCCUAGGGAAAGGCAUUCCUUCCAUCACAAUAAUGUGAUCAUCCAGGAAGAUCCAUGAUCUUGAACCUGAAAGUCCUAACAUCACUCUACUACUUUGCUAAUUUGAUCAAGGAUAAGGCUGCUAUACUAAAAUAGUAAUUGUGGCUGUUUUUUGUUUCUUAAUGCAGACCAAACAACCACUUUUCUCUGAUACACUCAAAAUCUUCAUUUGCUCUUUAACUUUUGCUCUGCAUUCUCCUCAUUUGCAGUGGAAAUGCAGAACAAAAAUGUUCCGUACUCCCAACAUACCUAGAGAGUAUAUUGUCCUGCCUAAUAAAAUAGGUUGGUGAAGUUGGGUGUCUUUUGUUCUCACCUCUGUGCCUAUCUCUUGAAAGUGUUCUGUUCCCUUUGGUUUUUCAUUAAAAAUUGCAUUGUAUUGCACUGACCAGGUUAGAUCUUCCAUUUCUCAUUAUUUGCCAAGGCUCCCUGCAUGUCCAGACUUGUGUAUGGUGCAGCACCCUAAGAGAGAUCCUUGAAAGUGACACCCAAAGUCCAUUCCACGGAGUAGGGCUUACAGUCGCUUGAAUACUAGAUGUAUAUUCAAGGUCAGGUCCCUUGAGCCGUUAUAGUAUGAUUUUGCCCAAGGCAGUUAUUGAAAUCUCUGUGAGGUAUUUACAGUUGUCUUUUCCCCAGACUGAUGAAGAUGAUGAAGCAAAAGGUGUCGCCCUAUAGGAAAGAACAAUCAAAACAGGUUAUGUGCUUCAAAGCUGUUUAAAUCUGCUGCUUGUAUCACCCAUCUUGCCUUUCUCCAGGCUAGCUGCAAUAAUUUUUUUGUUCUUCUGUAAUAUAUUUUGUAAACAAACAAAAAGCUGUUAUUAAAAGGGGGGAGGGGGGAAGCUGGCAUUUCGAGCGUCAACCUAAUUGUCAUUCCCAGUAUUCCAUUCUGCCAUUUCACGACAUGCUGCUGUGACAUGAAGUAGGUGCAAAAGAACUUUUUUGUACAGAGAUAUAUUUUUUAUGAAAAAAAAUUUGUAAAAUUAUUAAAUAUGCUGUACUUUUUUGAUUAAUGUAGGUAAAUUGUUAAAAAAAAGUUUUUACAAUACAAAAGGAAAAAAAAAGUCCUGUAAUUCCCCCCCCCCCUUCCAAACUGUAAAAUGCACCAUCUCUAGCUGAAUUUUCAGUUCUGAACCUAUUACACAUGUAUUAAUAUUAAAGUGGCCUGUUUAAAAUAUACAGUAACUUUUUUGGCAAAAAGUAUAAAAGAUUGUAAUAUAGCCUGUGCAUUGCCACCUAUUCUGAGAGCAAAAUCAAAGUUCUAAUUAAAUAUUUAAUUUUAGAUUUCCA